AAGCUAUCUAAUCUGCCCCACGUACAUCUAUCACUCCAACUAAAGGCUAGGAAUAGAAAAAUUAAAGGAGAUGAGCAUGGCAUGUUAUUAUUUCUCACCAUGUUCAUUCUCGGUUCAAAUUAUGCUUCUACUUGCUAUGUUGUCUUCCAUUCCACUUUCAUGUGCUACACCUUUCAUCAUCCUACAUGGCCUUGGAAUGCAAUGCAAUGAUGAAGCAAGCACUUUUUAUCAGACGUCGCUAAGCAUGUUGGCUGGAAUUAAAGGACCAUGUGUUGAAAUUGGAGGUGGUGCAUAUGAUUCGUGGAGCAUACCCAUAGAACAACAAGUUGAAACUGUUUGUGCCAAGAUUAGGGGAAUGCCAGAGCUUCAACAAGGUUACAAUCUAGUUGGUCUCUCCCAGGGAAAUAUAAUAGGACGAGGUGUGAUUGAGUUGUGUGACAAUGUACCACAAGUGAAGAAUUUCAUAUCAGUAGGUGGUCCUAAUGCCGGUGUUGCUUCAGUUCCUGCUUGCAGUAAUGAGGCUUGGUGUGAUGGUGUAGGUUCUGUAUCUGGAAUGGGAGUCUACUCCGACUACGUCCAAGCUCACUUGGCUCCUAGCGGCUAUACGAAACUUCCAAAUGAUAUUCCUGGAUAUUUGAAAGGUUGCAGGUUUUUACCAAUAAUCAAUAACGAAAUUCCGGGAGCGAAUAAUACUCUUCACAAGCAGAGAUUCAUUAGCCUACAAAAUCUGGUUCUCAUAAUGUUCGAAACCGAUGAUAUUGUCAACCCAACUCUAAGUUCAUGGUUCGGAUACUAUCCUGACGGAGACCUCUCUAACGUCUUGCCUCCACAACAGACAAAUGCUUACAAAGAGGAUUUAUUCGGGUUGAGAACAUUAGAUGAAGGAGGAAAAGUGAAGUUCAUCAAGGUGCCUGGAAAUCACUUGGAAAUAACCAUUCCUGAAAUGCAGCAGUAUGUGGUUCCAUACUUGCUUGAUUCUGCCGCCCCUUGAGUCCCACUCCGACUACUUUCAGAUUAAGCCAUUUGCGGCUUUUGAUAAAAAAAUCACUGAGGACUUAAAAAUGUGAAACAAAUUAAACACAAAGUAGUAGAGAAGCUAGCAGUACAAUUAAUAAGUUUGUUAAUUAGGAUCUUGUUUCAUUUUUUAUGAUUACAUGUAGCACCG